CAGUACCUACGUGGUCUGUACAUGGUGACUAAGCUUAUCUGGGGAACUCUUGACACAGCUGCGUAAUCUGUUUUCUAGCCUCUCCCGCCAGAGCCUAGUUGUCCCUCAGGCUACAGACGGGAAGGUUCAGGACGUCCUAAGAUCGAAGUCUUGCAACAGACCAGCAUGUCAUCUGUCUUCAUAACUGGUUCCAAUCGUGGGAUAGGACUGGAGAUUGUAAAGCAGCUCCUUGCCCAUGCUAACCCUCCAGCAACUUUGUUCGCAACCUGCAGGAAUCCAGACUCUGCCACCGAACUACAAGCCCUUGCGAAAAAAUAUUCAAAUUUAAAAAUUAUGAAGCUUGAUGUUCUUGACUUUGACAGCUAUGAAGGUGUUGCAAAAACCAUUAGCGAAAUUGUUGGUAAUAAAGGAUUAAAUGUUCUUAUAAAUAAUGCUGGUAUCAUUCGUGGUAGAAAAGGCAGCCUCUCGUUAGUUAAUGCCCAGGACAUGAUUGAUGUUUAUGCUGCGCUGAAUAUGGCAGCUCGUUCAACAGCAUUUGAACUUGGACCUGAGAAUAUUGUGGUGUUAAGUGUGAAUCCAGGAUGGGUUCAGACAGACAUGGGGACAAGGGCUGCAGAUCUCAAGGUGGAAGAUAGUGUGCGGAGCAUGCUGAAUUUGUUUUAUAAUCUCAAACCUGAAAACCACAACACAUUUGUUCAGUGGGAGGGUAAGACUCUGCCUUGGUAAUGGUAAUACAAGGGCGUUUGUAAUAUCUGAGAUAAACCUGUAAAUUGUAUUUCACAAACCAGUUCACAAUGUUGAAACGUCAUUUUCAAGUAAAGUAUAAUUGAAAUAUUUUCUCACCAA